GGGCAGCGAGCGGGCAUGAGCGGGUCCCUGAGCCGGGCGGCGGCGGCUCUGCUGCGCUGGGGGCGCGGCGUAGGUGGCGGCGGUCUGCCAGGGGCCGGCGUGCGGGCGGCGAGCUCGGGCGGCCAGGCGGAGCAGCUGGACGCGCUGGUGAAGAAAGACAAGGUGGUGGUGUUCCUCAAGGGGACACCCGAGCAGCCCCAGUGCGGCUUCAGCAACGCCGUGGUGCAAAUCCUGCGGCUGCACGGAGUCCGCGACUACGCGGCCUACAACGUGCUGGACGACCCGGAGCUGCGGCAAGGUAUUAAAGACUAUUCCAACUGGCCUACCAUCCCGCAAGUGUACCUCAAUGGCGAGUUUGUGGGGGGCUGUGACAUCCUUCUGCAGAUGCACCAGAAUGGGGACCUGGUGGAGGAACUGAAAAAGCUGGGGAUCCGCUCCGCCCUGACAGAUGAAAAGGACCAAGACUCAAAGUGAGGGCUCCAGUCCUCGCUGAGCAGAGUGCCCUCCUCAUCACAGUUGCUGCCAGAAAAGCCUUACUGAGUGGUGUCCUGUUGCUGCCUUGGUUGUGCUGGGCCUCCCGGCUUGCAAGUGGGCAGCUGCUUUUUCUUUGGUCUUUGGCUCAGAAUACCCUCUGGUGAACGUCUCACCACUGCACUGUAAAUCAAUGUCGUAAUCCGGUAUUGCUGUGACCCAGAUUUGUUCUGACAUUGUCUUGUAUUCUCUGCCGGCUUCAGGGGUCACUCCCAACUCUUGUCUGUGAGUUGGGUUAUAAAGAUGGCAACCCCCCUGAUGUUUUUGUAACUUCUAAAGGGAAAUGGUGGACAGAGAAGAAAAUGUGAUGGCUGGAGUGUUGUUUUUUAAAUAAAUUGCCAACACAGA